AUUAUGGCCAGGAAUUCAUACUUCCUAUAACAGAUUGGAGUCUUGAGACACAUUGAGUUUAGACUAUAGUCUCGCUUGGCAUUAAACUGAGGCUUAAUGGUGAUAUAGACUCCAAGACCGAUUGAGUGUAUGAUAAGCCAGGUCAGGAUCCAAUAAUUACAAAGGCAUCAACUUCAAAAUACCUGAGUAAUUUCCAGUUGUUCAUGGAACUUGAAAUGGAAUACAAUAAAGAAUAUUUGAAGAAGCCAAUCUUCAAAACAAGUCUAGACAAAGAUGCUUUAAAUGGCAAACUAGACUUAAUAGAUUUCCAGACUUCAGUAAUGAAGUGGGCACCUCAACCUAUUAAGAAGAAGUCCAAUAAAGGCAGAAAGCGUACACCUGUUCACAAUGCUUUCAGUAUUUACGAGUUGAUAUACGACUCAGUCUUACCAAAAUGGAAGAAGUGUCUGACUCUUAAAGCUAACAGAAGAACAGCCAAAACUCUGAAAGCACGGUCAGAUACAGUUUGGAAGAAAAUUUUGAGAGACGUCAGAGAAUUUUACAGACUGCUAUUCAGAGCCAGGUUCCACUACCUUGAGUAUCAGAGCCAACAAGGAGCAGUUGCCUGCAUUCAGACAUUAUUUUCUGAGCUCAAUAUUCCCCUCAAAGAUGAUGAAGAAUACAUUCAUGGAGUAUUCAGAUAUCUACAUCAGUCACACAAAAGUAGAUUUCCAGGACUCAGUGAUAAAGCAAUCCCUCUUGAUGCAAUUGAGAAAUACAACGAACACUUCAGAAGUCUUUACAUGAAAGACGACUUUGGAGCUAGACUGCUCUACUUCGUGUUCAAGAACUUCACCUACGAAUAUUGCCUACUAGUCAAGCCCAGGUACAGACAAGAAAUCACCGAAAAAGUAUGCAUGCUACUGAACUGCUACAGAAGAAUGAGCGAACCCGCACAUUUAGAAAGAAUCGAGUACCACUUGUUCUAA